AUGUCCAACAGCGCCGGCGGCGUGUUUAACAUUGUCGGCAGGAACCUGAAACUCGAUACGAAAGAGGACAUUGCGCCGCACCUUGCAGAAAUUGAAAAGAUAGAUCCGCUGUAUGAGGUGCAUUUUGGCGGAAACACGCUGGGUGUCGGCGCAUGCGUUGCGCUGGCCAAUGUCUUGAAAACAAAGCGCAGCCUACGCGUCGCUGACUUUGCCGAUAUCUUUACCGGCCGCUUAAUUUCCGAGAUUCCCGAGUCGCUGCGUGCGCUCUGCGAUGCACUGCUGGAGCACGAGCAGCUCGAGGUGAUCGACUUGUCGGAUAAUGCGUUUGGCGGCCGUGCUGCAGAGCCCAUGACCCAGCUUUUGAGCAAGAAUUGCCACUUUCACACGCUGAGACUGAGCAACAAUGGUCUCGGCAUCACGGGCGGUGAGAUCGUUGCCGAGGCGCUGUACCGCGCUGCAAAAUCUCAGCGUGCCGCUGGCCGGGAAAGCAAGCUGCGCACCGUGGUUUGCGGGCGUAACCGUUUGGAGAAUGGCAGUGCCGCUGCGUGGGGUCGCGCGUUUGCCGCACAUGGCGGGAUUGUUGAGGCGCGUCUUUACCAGAAUGGGAUCCGGAUGGAGGGAGUAGAGGCGCUUUGUGCGGGGCUGGCCAAGUGCCCGAACUUGCAAGUGCUCGACUUGCAGGACAAUACCGUGACGCUCCGCGGCGCGCGCGCAAUUGCUGCGGCGCUCCCAUCCUGGCUGCACCUGCGUGUGCUAAAUUUGAGCGAUUCGCUAGUCAAGUCCAAGGGUGGAAUGCUCAUUUUCGAGCAGUUCCAUCUUGGGCACGGCAAGCACCUCGAGUCGCUGCAGCUGCAGUACUGCGACUUGAAUCGCGCUGCGCUUGGCUAUCUCGGCAAGGCUAUCAGCAAGAAUCUCGAGCAUUUAGAUAUGUUGGAGAUUAAUGGCAACUUUGCGGAUGAGGACGAUGAAUGCAUUACGGCUAUUCAAGCAGCGCUGGGGAAAUGGGGGCAUGAGGGUGCGCUAGACGAGCUGGAUGAGAUGGACCCUGAAGGUGAGGAGGAGGAGGAGGAGGAGGAGGACGACGACGACGACGACGACGACGACGACAAGCACAAAGAUAUACUUGACGUGGCGAACCGUGCAGAGAGCCAGGAUGUCGGUCAAGAUGCAGACGCUGCUGCCGACGCACUUGCCGACGAACUGCAAAGCACAUAUAUCAAGUAG